UCGUGGGCGACGUAUAAAGUCGCAGACGGUACGCAUCCGCGCCUCAGUCGGCGGCCGUGCCUCCUGUAUUCGCGCGUGCCGUCGUAUCUAUCGGAAUCCUUCGCGAGACGAGGCACAGUGGAUCUCUUUUCUUAAAGAAAAAUCGAAAUUCUGUUUCCUCUCUUGUCUUGAAAAUUUCACCGCGAAAGUCUGAUUCACUCGCGCAGAGUGAAUCGCAAAACGCGUCAGGAUGCGAAUCCUGAUUGUCCUGAUCCUCGGGCUAUUAAUUGUCUACGCCGUCGACGGUAGCAUCGUGCCUGAUGAUGACUUGACUGCGAGCCUGCAAGAUAUGUGGUUCGAAGAUGAAUUUAUUAUCGUCUUGUCCAACAUAAGAGUUAAGAAGAAAUCCGGCUCGACCAAUUCGAUCGAGACUAUAUUGGCCGUGAAGUAUAAACAGACGAAAACCAAAAUGCUCCUCAUACUUGAUCGACGAACGAAACGCGUUGUACUCGAGAGUCUCGACGAGAACGGCCGACGUAGCGCAGCGCAUGUCAACGUGGACUCUCUCACGGUGAACACGCCUCUGAAGAGCCUGAUUAUCCUGGUGCAUCAGCUGAAACUGAAUCCCCGCAUGGACGUUUACGUCGAUUGCAUCUUCGAGGGCUCCAUCCCGCUCAAGCAGUCUUUCCGUGACAUAGCCGAGCUCGAAGACAGCCCGUCCGUGGAAGUGUUCAGAGAACGAAAAUGCCAGGCGAAAGUGUAUAAAUCCAAUAUCAUGGAGGCGCUGAAGAAGGAACAAUGUCCCGAUAAUCUAAUUGAUAUGAAGCAGCCUUCGAUAUUCGACACGAAAACUAAUCCUACAGAUAAAUCUGACGGGACCGACGAUGGCGACGAAUCGAGUACAUCGGACAAUUCUACGCCAUUCAUUGACACAAAACGUCCCAAUCAUCAUCCGGAUGACAAGAAACUUUUAAAUAAGAAGGGUCAUCUGAAUGAUCGCGACCAACAAAAGAGGAAAGAUCCACGACAUCCAGGAAGCAAUAAUAAGGAUCCAUAUGAUCCAAACGGGUCUUUCUCGCAACCUGACCAAUCGACUGAAACAGACAAUGAACCUUAUCUUACUAAAUCGAAAAAACCGCAUCCAUUAGGAAUGGGACCCAACGGCUUGAGUCAACGUGGCCCCAAUAAAUCUAGACAAUCAAAGGAGACGGACGAUCUUGACUAUCCAGACGAGUCUUUACCGUUAACUUCGCAGUCUAACAAAGGGCAUAGUCCUACUAAUCAUCAAAUAGGGUCUGGUGGAUCUCCGAAUAAUUUUAAACGACCUGGUCGAAGUCCAGAUCGUACAGGAGUAUCCAAUUUGUACAAUCCGGAUGACAUAGACAUACCUCUCAAGAGACCGCCUAGAAGAGGCGACAUUGGAAUCCAGAGUCUGGAUGAGAGAGUCUGCCAGACCGACGAUCGAAUCGUGAAAACCUUGAAUGAAUUAAUCAACGCCACCAGGCAACUCUGGAGGGAGGUGGAACUUAAUAGGGAGGAAACCCGACAGCUUCGUCAAUUAAUCGAAAACGGCUUGGCGUGUCGUACACCCAUCGUGACACCACUGCCGCUGCUCACGUGCGAUCCUUCACCAUGCUACCCCGGCGUCGAUUGCCGCGACACCCCGAGGGGACCCCAGUGCGGCCCCUGUAUCCGCGGUUAUACCGGAAAUGGACAGGUCUGCACCAAACUCGUCAACGUCAUCACCUGCUUCGACCGGCCGUGCUACCAGGGAGUGCGGUGCUACGAUCUCAGCAGCGGUUACAAAUGCGGUAGAUGUCCAAGCGGAUACAUCGGCGAUGGCGAAAGAUGCGACAGGCAUAGAAACCCUUGCGAAACUAAUCCUUGUCAUCCGGAAGUCAAGUGCUAUCCAACUUACAGUCCUCCAUUUUUCAAAUGCGGUCCAUGUCCACUGGGAUAUGUGGGUAACGGCACAGUCUGCCAGGACGAGAACGAAUGCGAGCUGAGCCGGCCCUGUCAUCCCGGAGUACGAUGCAUCAAUCUCCAUCCCGGAUACAGAUGUGAUAGAUGUCCACCAGGUUACACCGGACCGAUGACAGAAGGUGUCGGUGUCGAGAUGGCUAGAAAGCAAAAACAGAUCUGUCAGGAUAUAAACGAGUGCGACAUCAACAACGGCGGAUGCCACCCCUAUUCGGAAUGUAUCAACACGAAGGGAUCCUAUAGAUGUGGUCCAUGUAAAAGCGGCUACAUCGGUAAUCAAACAGUGGGAUGUCAUAUUCAGCAAGAUCUCUGCCCGGAUAUGGUAACAGUUUGUGACGUCAAUGCCUAUUGCAUCGCUGUGUAUACUAAUGAAUACUCAUGCAAGUGUCGCGUCGGUUGGGCCGGAAAUGGAUUUAUGUGCGGUCCUGACAGCGACAGUGACGGUAUCCCGGAUACAGCUUUGCGCUGUCACGACAAUCGCUGUCAUGCCGACAAUUGUCAAACGGUGCCAAACACCGGACAGGAGGAUAUUGAUGAAGAUGGAGUUGGCAAUGCUUGCGACAAUGACACCGAUAAUGACGGCGUAUUGGACGAACUCGACAAUUGUGUGUACCAGUAUAAUCCGAAUCAACUGGACUCGGACAAUGACAAAAUCGGCGACGUGUGCGACAAUUGUCCCUUGCAGUAUAACAAUCGUCAGGAAGAUCUCGAUCGCGACGGGGUAGGCGACGCUUGCGACAAUGAUCUAGACAAUGAUGGUAUCCUCGAUACCAACGACAAUUGUCCCAAGGUAAAAAAUCUUAAUCAACGCGACAGCGAUUCGGACGGCGUCGGCGAUGCUUGUGACAAUUGUCCAGGCAUCACCAAUCCUGACCAGGCGGACAAUGACGGCGACGGUGUCGGAAAUGCCUGCGACACUAAUGCGGACCGCGACAGGGACGGUGUCCAGGACGAUAGGGAUAAUUGUCCGAACGUGCCGAAUUCCGGACAGAACGAUGCCGACCACGAUGGCAUCGGCGACGAGUGCGACGAUGACCUCGAUGGCGAUGGUAUACGAAAUGGAAUCGACAACUGUCCUUACGUGUACAAUCCGGAUCAGCGUGACAUCAAUCACGACGGUAUCGGCGAUAUAUGUUGGAAUGACAACGAUAACGACACGGUUAUCAACACCCGCGACAACUGUCCCAACAAUAGUUUAAUAUGGGCGACGGACUUCCGGAGAUACACGACCAUUGCUCUCGAUCCGUUCGGUACCUCGCAGAUGGAUCCUGUAUGGGAAAUUCAUAACGAUGGAGCUGAAAUUAAACAGCUUCUCAACAGCGAUCCUGGAAUCGCUAUAGGGCCAGAUGUGUUUAAUGGCGUUGACUUCGAAGGGACCUUCUACAUCGAUGACAAAGAUUACGACGACGAUUUCGUAGGCUUCGUCUUUUCCUAUCAGGAUAAUCGACAUUUCUAUAUUGUUUGCUGGAAGAGAGCCGGCCAAGUCUACUGGGUGCCAACGCCAUUCCGCGCCGAAGCCGAUCCCGGGAUUGUGUUGAAGCUCGUUCAAUCGGAAACCGGACCGGGCGAGAUGCUCAGAAACAGUCUCUGGCACAAGAGUGAUACGCCCAAUCAGGUGAAGAUUCUCUGGACAGAUCCGAAGAAAAUGGGCUAUCAGCAAAGAAUGUCGUACAGGUGGCAUUUGUUGCACAGGCCGAAGAUCGGCCUGAUCAGAUUCUGGCUGUAUCAGGGUUCGCAGCUGGUGACCGAUUCCGGAAAUCUGUUCGAUUCGACUUUGCAGGGCGGUAAACUAGGUGUUUACUGCUUCUCUCAGAUGGAGAUCACCUGGUCCGAUUUAUUGUACAAGUGUGCAGAAACUGUACCUCAAUCCAUAUGGGACGAAUUGCCUGAUCAUCUAAAGAAAGAAGUUGAAGUUGGAAUAGCUAACCAACAACAACAACAACAAGUAGUACAACGCAUGAAUUAUGAUUUCUAAAACAGGCUUUCGGUGAAAACGAUGAGUCAAAAAAAAUGCAGGAAGAUAAAGAGAAAGUUUAAAUCUCCGUAAUUUUAAUUCUGAAAUAAUCAUGAAAUCAUAUCUAUGCGAAUUAUAAUUUGCUAUAAUGAAUCACUAAAUUGUCAUAUCUUUUGCGCGUUUAAAUAAACUUAAUUUGCAUAAACUUGCAUAUAGAUUCUUUAUGAUAAA